CGUCGCUGGUUCGGUGAGGACCGUUCGCUGAAGCGGAGUCUCAGGUGUUUGAUGAAGUGUCAUGGAGGCUGUUAGCCACCAGCACUGCUGACGGGUUUCUUACUGUCUAAAUCCUGCUCUUAAUCUCGCUGUCAUCUCCUCUAGUGUAAAGCCAGCUAAAUCUGGAGCCAAAUUAAAAGUGUGUAAAGCAAACCAUUACAAGAGACGGUUUCCUAUAUUCAUCUGACAGAACAGUGGAUUCUUCUUCCUGGUCUCCUGCAAACUCCCAGAGAUGCUGUCAGCAUCAAUACAGAGUUUAUCUUGAGCCUGGAUCACUUGGACCCUUCUGAAAAUUCACAGUGACAGAUUUUCAGAUGCAUUUAGGUUGAAAGCCGGUAGAGUCAUGGAGUCCAUGCUCAAUAAACUGAAGAGCACCGUGACCAAGGUGACCGCUGAUGUGACCAGUGCUGUCAUGGGCAACCCUGUGACGCGGGAGUUUGAGGUGGGCCGACACAUCGCAAGCGGGGGUCCAGGAAUGAGCUGGAGGAUCUACAAUGGCACCAAAAAAUCCACCAAACAGGAAGUGGCAGUCUUUGUGUUCGAUAAGAAGAUUAUUGAUCGCUAUCAGAAGUUUGAGAAGGAUCAGAUCAUUGAUUCACUGAAGAAAGGAGUUCAACAGCUGACGCGAUUAAGACAUCCGCGCCUCCUCACGGUCCAGCACCCGCUGGAGGAGUCCAGAGACUGUCUGGCUUUCUGCACAGAGCCUGUGUUUGCCAGUCUGGCGAAUGUGCUCGGCCAGUGGGACAACCUCCCUAGUCCUGUUCCCACAGACAUCAAAGAAUACAAACUCUACGACGUUGAGACCAAAUACGGCUUACUGCAGGUCUCAGAGGGUUUGUCGUUUCUUCACAGUGGGGUUAAAAUGGUUCAUGGUAACUUGUGUCCAGAGAACAUCAUCUUGAAUAAGAGUGGAGCCUGGAAGAUCAUGGGCUUUGACUUCAGUAUCUCCUCUAGUAACCCGUCUGAUGCUGAGCCCAAGUAUGUUUGUAAAGAGUGGGAUCCCAAUCUGCCGCCUCUCUGCCUCGCGAACCCUGAAUAUGUGGCUCCUGAGUACAUCCUGUCCGUCAGCUGUGACGCAGCCUCUGAUAUGUACUCACUGGGCGUAUUGAUCCACGCAGUGUUUAAUGAAGGCAAACCCGUAUUUCAGGUCAACAAGCAGGACAUAUUCAAAAGCUUCAGCCGACAACUGGACCAGCUGAGCCGUCUGAGUCCAGGAUUAUUGAGUCAGAUCCCAGAGGAGGUCAGGGAGCAUGUGAAGAUGUUGCUCAGUGUCACCUCAAACGUGCGUCCAGAUGCAGAUCAGAUGACAAAGAUUCCCUUCUUCGAUGAUGUUGGAGCGAUGACCCUUCAGUACUUGGACUCGCUUUUCCAGCGGGACAACUUACAGAAGUCUCAGUUCUACAAAAGUCUCCCCAAAGUUCUGCCCAAGUUGCCCAAGAGAGUGAUAGUAAACAGAAUCCUCCCGGCGCUCACGUCUGAGUUUGUGAAUCCUGACAUGGUUCCGUUCAUUCUUCCAAAUGUGCUGCUCAUCGCUGAGGAGUGCACAAAGGAGGAAUAUGUCCGCCUCAUUCUCCCAGACCUCACCCCAGUUUUCAAACAGCAGGAGCCAGUACAGAUCCUACUAAUAUUUCUACAAAAGAUGGACCUACUUUUGACCAAAACGCCUCCUGAAGACAUCAAGAACAGCGUUCUGCCCAUGGUGUACAGAGCGGUGGAAGCCCCCUCUAUUCAAAUACAGGAACUUUGUCUAAAUAUCAUUCCCACAUUUGCCAAUCUAAUUGAGUACCCAUCCAUGAAGAAUGCACUUAUUCCUCGUAUCAAAUCUGCUUGUUUACAGACAUCCUCACUAGCGGUGAGGGUGAACUCUUUGGUGUGCCUAGGCAAGAUUCUGGAAUACCUGGAUAAAUGGUUCGUCAUUGAUGAAAUUCUACCAUUCCUGCAACAAAUUCCAUCCCGGGAGCCAGCUGUGCUCAUGGGCAUUCUGGGCAUCUACAAGUGCACUUUCAACCAAAAGAAACUGGGCAUCCCAAAAGAGCACCUAGCUGGAAAGAGUUUACCUCAUCUGGUCUCACUUAGUAUUGAUAACAACCUUAACCUUAACCAGUUUAACUCUUUCAUGGCUGUGAUUAGGGAGAUGUUGAAUCGCAUGGAGGCGGAGCAUAAGACCAAAUUAGAGCAGCUGCACAUCAUGCAGGAGCAGCAAAGGAGUUUAAACAUUAACCAGAUCAACCAAUCAGAGGAGACUAAGAACACACCCAGCCCAGCCACACAAGUCAGAGAUAUCGAUGAGAUCUUUGGUAGCAAUUCAGGAGGUGCAGGUGUGAAUGGUAAAGUGAACGGUUCCUCAUCGACCAUCACACAACCCUCACGAGUGUCUCUCACCCUGGAAGAAAAGCAGCGUUUGGCUAAAGAACAGGAACAGGCUGCCAAACUAAGAAGCCAGCAGCCGCUGGCUCCGCAGAGUAUCAAACCAGCCACAACAACACCUCAGGCAAAGGAUCUGACCAGCAGUCUUCUGAACAACAUGACAUCUCUGAACAACUUCUCUUUGAACUCUGGGACCAGGACGAUGCCCAUGCAGGGCGGCACUAUAUCCUCUACCUUCCCAGCUGGACCCACAAUGGGUGGAAUGGGCACCAUGGGCGUCAGCAAUGGUUUCAACUCACCCAUGGGAUUCCAGACGGCAGGUAUGGGAAUGGGCAUGAGACCCGCUGCUCCAGGCCUCUAUGGAGGCAUGGCCACCACUACCAGCACUCCUAAUUUCAGUGCCCUGAACCAAAACCAACCCAGCAAGUCCCCAGACAUGUCCGUCCUAGACUCCCUCUUCACUUCUAGCAAACCCAAAGUCAGCAUGAACCAAAUGGCCCCUAAACCGGCCCCAGGAGCCACUGCACCUUCCCCAUGGCUCAAUCAGUUUGGUACAGGCCAGCCUUCCCAGACUGCACCCAUGCAGGCGACUCCGAUGGGGAUGGCGGGAGUUCAGGGUGGUUUUGGAAUGCAAGCAAACCCGUUCUUCAACCCUCAGAACUUCUCUCAACCUGUGGCCUCUUCAACAAUCAACGCUGGGGGGAUGAAGCAAAGCACUUCAGUCAACAACGAUCUUAAAGACCUCUUUGGAUAAAGCAUUUGCAUUUCGUUCAUGUUCCCCCUUGUGUGGGAAUCAGAACCAUCAGCAGCGACGAUGACAGUCAAAAUUUGGUUGGAUGGUUGUUGGACAUGGUGUCCUUGAAAGACAGUGUUUAAAAGUUAUUCUGGUUAGUUUGGUAAUUUUUUUUUUUUUUUUUUUUUUUUGCCCUUUCAAUGGUGCACUUACCUUUUGAAUUAAUCGAAGGCACCAAACAAACAUCGUGUUUCACAGAAAGCUUGGGCUAUUUCUCCGAAAGCUGCUUCAAUUGGUGGAUGCCUUGCAUUCGUUGUAUCGUUAGACUUGACAUGUGCCCUAGAAGACACAAGAAGUAACAAACUUGAGCACUUCUGGUUUAAUUUCCUUUUUGCUUGAGCCUCAAGUUACCCUCUCGCCUGAAUGAGCAGACUUUGUCUACCAGAGCAAAUGUCGUCGAUAGCCUCAGGAUGUGCUGUUAUUCCGAUGGUGUCUGGAAAAAUGAAGUCUCUAUCAUGCUGUCAGUAAAGGAAGAAGUUGUGUAAUCCAUAGUUUGGGCCGAAAUGAGUGUUUUAAUAAUUGUGUAUAUACUGUAUCUGCUGAUUUAUUUUUUUGAGUUUCAUACUUAUACAUGAUCCACUGUGGUAAAAUAUCUUAUUAAAAGGAAGGACACCGUCUUCGUACUGUAGGUGCACUAAAAUUAUAUUAAAAAAAUUUCGGUUUUGAGAUGUUGUUGGGAUAUUGUCAGUGCUUUAAAGUGAGUUUGUGUAAAAUGGAAUCCAUGAACUUCAUUCAUGAAACACCUAGCAGAUUUAUUCUUUUGUAAAUUUCUCUCUCGGAUAAAGGGUUAUGUUUUAAAAGACAAAGUCAGAUGUGCUUAAUUCUAAAUAAAUAUGCAUUACUGUAAUAUAAUAGUAAAGAUUUUGCUGUAUACUAGGGCUGGGCGAUAUAUCUAACGAUAUGAUAUGCGCAUCUAGUCAGUAAAUCUGGUUCUGUGAUUACCACUAAAUCGCCAUCACCUGCUUUCAAAUGGAGCGGCAUUAAAUAGAUAGAGCCGUAGAUCACUGACAAGCUACACAAUAUUGUGUUCAUUAUCCCAGAUGAAUUGCAUUCGACAAUGAAUGUGAUAUUGCGUGUCUUUGUCAGCGAUCUAUGGCUCUGUCUAUUAAAUGCUGCUCCAUUUCAAAGCAGGUGAUGGAGAUUUAGCGGUAAUCACGGAACCAGAUUUACCGAUUAGAUGCACAUGAUCAUAUCGUUUGAUAUAUCGCCCAGCCCUACUCUAUAACAACAACUUCAUACAACUUUGUAUGUAUAUUUUUUUGCAUCAUGUUACUGAAAAUGAAAUUUUUUUUCACACAUUACAAAAAUGUUGUUUUUAUGGAAGCCCUUUUCUGCCACUGAAUAAAAAAUAAAACAAGGUAAUUGUGAAAUAUAACCUCGCAAUACGGUCUUUCUUUUUUUCUCUCCCAAUUUCGAGUUCAUAUCUCGCAAUUGUUUUGUUUUUUUUCUAAGAAAAAACAAAUUGUGAGAUAAAAAGUUGCAAUUACCUUGUUUUAUUUUUUAUUUAGUAGUUGAAACGGGCUUCCACCGGUUUUAUAUUUUUUUAAUGUGUGAAAAUAUUGACUUAUUUUUUUUAUUUUUAUUUUUUUCUUCGUGGUUUGAAUUACUGGAAAAUUAGUUUAAUUCAGAAAGCUAUAAAUAAGCAUCUUUAUGCAAGAUAUACAAUUUUUCGCAUUUAGUUCUGGGGUUUCCUAUCGUUAUUUGGAUAAAUUGCAGCUAUAGAUGGUCAAUUGUAGCAUAUUGUAUACAACAAAUUUGUAACAGAAGUAUGUGUUUCAUGAAUGAAGCCUGAUACAUUUGUUUCGCUUUUGGUUCUCUGCUGUUACCUCUUACCUUGUGUUUGUUCAGUCUGUAUUUUCUUGUAAUGUUGUGCUUCUGAAGGAAGUUACGGAUCAUUACAUUAAGUCCACUUUUUUUUUGUUUGUCUGUUGUCAUUAUAUGGGCAGUUUCCUGUUGUAGGAAGUGACCAAUUGAAUUCCUUAUCAUGUGAUUACAUAUCAUGACCAAACAUACCAUUGCAACACAGCAAAUCACCAAAAUGUGUAUUAUUUCAAAAAAAAAAAAAGUGUACAGUAAAUAGAGGAGACCUGCCACUUAGAGCUCUUUUUAAUCGUGUUGCAAGUGAAUCACUUUCCUGGGGAGAAUCUUUAAUAUCCAGACAGGUUUUAUUCUAAGGGAAUGCUUGUCCUGGUCUAAUGAAUGAGAGGCCUUAUAUUGAGAGUUGUGCAAUAACAGGUCUGUGAUGGAGAUUGUGGAAAUAACUUUCUGUAUGAGUGUUUCACUACAUGCAGUUUUCAAAUAGUCUCGAUUAAUGUACAUAAAACGUCUGGAUUGUUUUCAUAAAUAUAUAUAUAUAUAUAUGUGAACUGGAUGGUUGGAAAGAUUGUGAUUUUGGAGUCAAAUAAAUUAAUUAUUUAAAAGGUAA